GGAUUUCCCAAGGCAGAGAAGGGGAGCGGGUGGAAAGUUAUGUGGAAGGCUGUGUGCCCCUGCUGAAGAUUUUUUACUGUAUUCAGAAGGGACAAUAAUAUCUGAGGUGGGAAAAUAAUGGAAAUUGAUUUGCAUUUUAGCAAUAUCUCUGGCAGCUGCAUGGAGGAUGGACCGGCAGCAGCCAGAGACUUAUGGGCGGAUGGUUAGCACAUUAGUCUUAGUGGGAAACGAAGGCUGUGUGUGGGGUGGAAACAGAUUUAAGAUCACGUGAAUUGGGAUAUCUAUGGGAGGGAAGGAAGGAGAUAAACACCAAUUGGACUUGGUGAGUUUCAAGUGUAGUGCCAACACCUGCACCGUGAAGUGCCCGAAUCAGUUGGUUAUAAGAUCCUGAGAGCAGGUGAGUGAUCAAUCAUCCGCUCUGUCCUUCUUCCCCAAGGAGCCUGGGCUUUGGAGUCAGGCAGGUGAGGGUUCAAAACUCCCUCUGGAAUGUGACUUCCACGAGGGCAGGAUUCCAUCUCUGGUUCACAGCUAUAUACCAAGUGCCUAAAACAGUGUCUGGCACAGUAGGCGCUCAAUAAAUGUUUGUUCAAUGAAUGAAUGGCCAUAUUCCAAGCCUACUUUCUUCAUCUGUGAAAAUACGUAAGAGGAAUGCCAGUUGCUUAAGGAAAUCACCAAGUCCAGAACCUGACGCACAGUAGGCACUCAACAUGUUGUAUUUUUCCUUCCCCUUACAGUAAAUCGACCACAAAAAAGGGGUUUCUGACCCUUGUGUCUUCUUCACCUUCCUUCGCCGCCGCAGGGUCUUGGGGAGCACGUGGGCUAGGGAAGGCGGGGUGGGAGCAGCGGGGCGGGCAGGGGAGAGGGCGCACACCGGCCCCUAGCGCGGAGCCGCUCUCCCGGGCUUACGUAAGGCACUAGUCCCGCGUGCCGGCCCGGCCGGGUGUGGGGGCGGGCGGAGUCGGCGCCGCCCAGCGGGAUCUGGGCUGGAAUCCUGUCGGGGAGCCGCGUCCCAGCCGAGGUGUGUGUUCAUAUGACUGCUUUGGGUGGAGAAGCGCCGGACUCCGGCUCCUCACGGCGGGGGAGCGCAUCCGUCAAUCCUCCGCGGAGGGGCGGCCAGCGAGUGCCCGCGCGAGCGGAGGGUGUCAGAAGCAGGGGCAGAGGAAACAAAGUUCCCGGGGCUUCUCCGAGGCCGUUGUCCAGGUUGCCCGUGUGGCCGCCCCACUCCUCGCGAAGGCAAUGGCUUCCAAACUCCUGCGGGCGGUCAUCCUUGGGCCGCCCGGCUCGGGCAAGGGCACCGUGUGCCAGAGGAUCGCCCAGAACUUUGGCCUCCAGCAUCUCUCCAGCGGCCACUUCUUGCGGGAGAACAUCAAAGCCAACACGGAAGUUGGUGAUAUGGCAAAGCAGUACAUAGAGAAAGGUCUUUUGGUUCCAGAUCAUGUGAUCACACGCCUAAUGAUGUCGGAGCUGGAGAACAGGCGUGAUCAGCACUGGCUGCUCGAUGGUUUUCCUAGGACAUUAGUUCAGGCGGAAGCCCUGGACAGAAUCUGUGACCUGGAUAUAGUGAUCACUCUGAACAUUCCAUUUGAAACACUCAAAGAUCGGCUCAGCCGACGUUGGAUCCACCUACCUAGUGGGAGGGUCUAUAACCUGGACUUCAAUCCACCUCAUGUACAAGGGAUUGAUGAUGUCACGGGUGAACCAUUAGUCCAGCAGGAGGAUGAUAAACCUGAAGCAGUUGCGGCCAGACUACGACAGUACAAGGAUGUGGCAAAGCCAGUCAUCGAAUUAUACAAGAGCCGAGGCGUGCUCCACCAAUUUUCUGGAACGGAGACUAACAAAAUCUGGCCUUAUGUUUACACGCUUUUCUCGAACAAGAUCACACCUAUUCAGUCCAAAGAAGCAUACUGAGCCCGCCCAGUGGAAGAACUAGGAAGAUGCGGUCAUUCUUUCAAUUGUAUGUGUAGUACUGGUGCUGUGCCCCAAUUAGAAGCUAGUGGAGAUAGUCUGCAACAUCUUUUCUAGUUUAAAUGGUGAACUGAUAUGAAAACUAAUGAGUAGAAAGAGUUGAUGAAGAGGCUCUUCUCUGCCUUUCAAAGGAAGGGUGACCUACACAUGUUUAAGAUGUCUCUGCACCUGUCUCAAGCCCUUCACAAGAAAGCAAGUGCAGGCUGGACUUCAGCGGUGUCUAACCCCAGCGCUAGCUGAUUUUUGACAGUCCUGUGGUUGCCACAGUAGCCUUUUUACAGUGAUGGUGGUGGUCUCUGGUUCUCUCCAUCCCCUAAAGGCUGUUGAACCAUAGCCCCAGCUGGCCUGAGAAUGCCAAGGGUUGUAGCCUGGGCUUUGUCCCAUGUUCUCUGGGAUGUGUCCCUUUGGUGACAACGGAUUGAAGCCAGUUGCUCUCAGUGGUCACUUCUUUGACUUGGACUGUGUCCACAAUUCACUUUUCCUGUUUGCAGUGACACCUUCUUUUCUGCAAACACAUUCCGUAGACUCUCCUUUUCAGACAUCCUGGAUUGAACAGAUUUGGCUUCUGCUAUUUUUAUUAAACUGUAUUUUUUGACAUCUGUUUUCUCCCUUCCUAGGCUAGUAAGUAAUACAGAUAGUUACUGUUUUCAUCCCUCUGAAAUGCCUUUCUAAGACUGAAAGCUAGAGGACGAUGUCAAAUCACUUCACGCACCAGGAACUGAGCUAUGCAGAGCGUCUACGUAAAGUGCUGGUCAGACUCUCAUAGGUGGACACUGCUCCUUUCUUUUAUUGUGGAAAAAUAAAAUUCUCAGAGUCUUUGGGAAAUCCUCCAAAAAAAAGAAGAAAUGUUCACCUUCAGAAGUGUUAAAAGAUAAUAUCUUAUGUAUAGGUUUAAUAAGACCAUAUGGAAUUACUGGACUAAAAGAAUAGUGUAGCUUUUUAUUCAAGACAGAAAAACUGUAUUUUGAAAGUGCUGCUAAAUGUUGAUGCUGAGAGUGUUUUCCUCCUGUGACUGACCCAAGCAUAUUAUAAAUAGCUGGUGAAAGCCAUGGAGCCUGGGAGGUUGAGGGAACAUGUUGCACUAGCUGUGCCUGGACUAAGUACGACAGCUUUACAAUUAUGACAAAACAAAAUCUUCCUUUUUUCCCCCCUGUUCCAAAGAUUCUUUCUGUAGGGUGGCCAUUAAGUCUAGAAAUAUGGAUAAUACUAU